CUCAGAACCGGGCUGAUGUUCCCGACGCCGAAGCGUCUAAUUUGCACCUCAGCGAAGCGCCUGCAGGUGGGGAUUUUGUCGGAACAGGUCUGGGUAAAGGUCAGCUCCACGCCCAGCGCCUCGCAUUCCUGCAGCCUCGCCUCCCGCAGGAGCUUUAAAAGCCACGCCGCCUCCUCCGCUCCUCACUCUCCUCUCAGAGACGCAGCAGCCGUCAUGUCUGCCACCUUCAUCUCCCGCUCCAUGCGCUCCUCCGCCGGCUCCGGCGGCUCCAUGAGGGGCUUCGGAGGAGGAGGAGGGUUCUCCUCCUUGAGGACUGGCAGCAUGUAUGGAGGAGCUGGAGGCUCCGGGGUCCGCAUCUCCUCCGUCUCCUCCUCCAUGGGUGGUGGAGGUGGAGGUUUCUCCAUGGGUGGUGGAGGUGGAGGUUUCUCCAUGGGUGGAGGAGGUGGAGGUUUCUCCUUCAGUGCCUCCAGCAUGGAGGACAGCCUGGUGGGCAACGAGAAGUUCACCAUGCAGAACCUGAACGACCGGCUGGCCUCCUACCUGGAGAAGGUCCGCAGCCUGGAGAAGGCCAACGCCGAGCUGGAGCAGAAGAUCCGCGGCUUCGUGGACAGCAAGGUGGGGCCCUCCACCCGAGACAACAGCGGCUUCUUCACCUCCAUCACCGAGAUCACAGAGAAGAUCCAGGAGGCCCUCCGGGUGAACGGAGCCGUCCACCUGAGCCUGGACAACGCCCGCCUGGCCGCAGACGACUUCAGGACCAAGUACGAGAACGAGCUGGCCAUGCGGCAGUCGGUGGAGGCCGACAUCGCCGGGCUGCGGCGGCUCCUGGACGAGCUGACGCUGUCCAAGUCGGACCUGGAGAUGCAGAUCGAGGGCCUGAGGGAGGAGCUGGUCUACCUGAAGAAGAACCACGACGAGGAGCUGGUGUCCAUGCGGUCCCAGAUGAGUGGUCAGGUCCAUGUGGAGGUGGACGCCGCGCCGGCUCAGGACCUCACCAAGGUGAUGGAGGAGAUCCGAGAGCAUUACGAGUCGGUCGCCGCCAAGAACCAGAGAGACCUGGAGGCCUGGUUCCAGACCAAGACAGAGACUCUGAACAAGGAGGUGGUCUCUCAGUCGGUGACGCUGCAGGAGUCCAGGAGCGAAGUGACAGAGGUCAAAAGGUCACUGCAGUCUCUGGAGAUCGAGCUGCAGUCAAUGCUGGGCAUGAAAGCGUCUCUGGAGGCGACCCUGGCUGAGACCCAGAGCCGAUACUCGCUGCGGCUGUCCGGCUACCAGAUGCAGGUGUCGUCUCUGGAGGAGCAGCUGAUGCAGCUGAGGGCCGACCUGGAGCGGCAGGGACAGGAGUACCAGAUGCUGCUGGACAUCAAGACCCGGCUGGAGAUGGAGAUCGCAGAAUACCGCCGCCUGCUGGACGGAGAGGGAGGCGGCAGCUCCUCCUCGACGCGGCGUGUGGUGACCAUGGUGGAGGAGACCGUCGACGGGAAGCUGGUCUCCUCCUCAUCUUCAUCCACCUCUUCCUCAGUGACUCACUGAAGCAGCCAAUCAGCUUCCUCCCUGCUCACUCACCUGAGAAUAAACGAGAGUCCACCUCA